AUGUCCACCUGGGUGUACCCUCCAAUUCCUCCGGAUCAACUUCGAAAAGCAGAAGAUGACUCCUUGAAACUCGAGCUGCAAUGGCUACUUGAAUCCUUACAACAUUCAUUUGGUGCCCUGAAGGAAGGUCUGGAAGAAUGCGCGGUCUUGUUGGCUCCCAAAGAACCUGGAUCGACUUUAGUCCUCUCAUCCUUGAGGUCUGAAAGCGUCAAGGGCUUCGUAACAAGAGUCGGCACCAAGCUGGUCAAAGGAGACAUUCACCUUCAUCUCACCACUCUGCCACCCAAUACCCCCAGAGGCACCACGACAUCUACACCAUCUACUCGCCUGAUAUUCCAUUCUUCCUCGUCCUCGUCCGAAAUCAUCCUCCCACAGUUAGUUGCUGUUAGGUCGCUGGUAAAUGAUUCACUCGAUAUCAUCGAUGUUUCCCGAUGGACCGGCCAACCGACCGACUCUUCUUUUAUCUCGGGCCAAUUGAAACUUCUUCAUGAUCAUCUUCGGGAAGCAAAGGCGUGCUUGAAAGGCCCUGUCACCGGUACAGACAUUGGCUCGAUUCCAGGAGCAGAAUGGUGGACGAAUAGUCCGGACGAAAAUGUCUUCCAACCUCCCUUGGGCGAACAUGUCAGCUUACAUUUCACCAUUCAAGAUGCCAAUCUCGUCCUCACUGUGAGAACACUGGCUCCUACUUCACCGGGGGGAACUCCAAGUACUCCUUCCGAUUCAGCAUUCUCGCUCUCCGGGUUCAACCUGAGGAGUAAACUGUUGGGGCUUGGUCCCAAGCCUCCCCAUCAUGAUGAAAUGGGAGAAAUCUACGAAUGGCGUGGCAAGGAAGAUGUUAUCGUUCGCGAAAAGGUACGAGUGGAAACGGGUGAUCCCAGUUUAAUGAGCAUUGCCGCCAAAUUGAGUGCCCUGGAACAUGAAGUUGCUCGUUGGCGAAUGAAUCUCCGAGUCAUCUUGACGGGCAGUGUUGAGGAGGACUGA